UGUUCACAGGUCUCUGAAGCAGCGAACCCGUAGUCCUUCCAGAAAAUACUGUAACUAGCCUGCAUAUUUCGAAGAUUACAGCAUGUUGGAAACGAUGGAAAUCUUCCAUCCCAUCAUCACUGAGGACACUGAUACGAUGGGUACAAGAGGCUGCUGUCAACAUUGUGAUGAGCCGCUCCCGCAUUCCCGCGAUUCCCCAAACAAAGAGUUCGAUCAAUCGGAGGAUCGUAAGAGUUCCAUGACUUCCAACUUUUGCAAUUGGUGGCCUGAGUUCGAUAAUGUUUGGUCAGAGGUAAGAAGCCUUACAGCUCAGUAUAAAGGACAGCAAAGACUGGAGAUAAUCCACAAUAUCUUUCUUCUGAGAACCAAUCUGUGGGGUUCCAAAGUAGCAGAUCCUGUAAUAUCUACUUAUUCGUGGCUAGACGAUCUGUUCCUUUUGAGGAUUGACAAUUUAGUUGAUGAAACUGUCCGGAAAUCCGUGAAUUUUCUCUCUCUAGAUCAGAAGAGGUACAACAAAAACUUAAACUCCGCGCGUCAGUCUGACAAUUCCUACUACUACAGGACCGAAAGUCUGCACAGAUUGAAGAUUUUACAGGACGAAGAUCUGCAGACAUCAGAAGAGCUCUACUAUCACAGUUUCAAAGACUCGACCUUUCCCCCUGUAGAGGGCGCAAUAGGGAGCAAUCGUGUCUUUCAGAAUGCUCUUCAAGCACUCAUUCUUCAAAUUUCGCUGAUACCAAAAACCGUUCUGCAUUGCCGUCAUGUUGUCAUUCUCAUGGUUAUCCUUACUCAGGUCGACUGUAAAGAUGUUCAAGUACACAUCAAUUGCACGAGUGCAGCCGUGAUUACAUCUCCGAAUUACCCAUCUACAUACUCGCAAUAUGAGAGCAUAGCUUGGUCUGUUACUGCACAGGAAGGGAGAAUGAUCCUUCUGACCUUCAAUAUCUUCAGUCUAGGGCCUUUGGGUGAAUUCACGGUUAUAGACACCGUUGACGGUGUAGAAAGGCAGCGCUACAAUGGAGAGGAAAACACUAUCCCUCCAUUUUUGUCCAGGAGAAACAGCUUGCGUUUGAGAUUUACAUCAGACGGAACUCCUACAGGGAAUGGAUUCAACAUUUCCGCCUCAUGCUACGACUUAUCAGGAACACGAGUGGGGCGUCUCGUAGGUGGCAGUACACCAGCAGAGGGCGUCAUUGAACUACAAGCCAAAUCAGGAGGUGAAUGGAUGAGAAUGUGUGGAGAACACUCAGCUGAUCGGGUGGCGGAGGUUGUCUGUCGGGAGCUAGGCUACUGGGGUGCUAAAGAAAUUUCCUAUGAGGAAGGAGGGUGUUACUCAGAAGGAGCAGACCCGGGCUGUAUUCGGGCCCUCAGCUGUAGGAAUUUCGCAUACCGUUCGCAGGAUUGCUCUACAUCAUCUGAAUCGUGCACAUCGUCGCAGGCGGUCAAAGUCAAGUGCUUUGAGCCUGGAUUUAAAGGAUGUUAUGAGUUAAGAAACACUGAACUCCAGAACGGAUCCUCAUACAAUUCAACCUCCAAGUGUAUCACAUCGUGCAGAGCGAACACAUCCCAGGCUAUAGCCAUUAUCAAUGGAAGUGAAUGCUUUUGCUCCACAACCGAUGAAAUCGGACUAUCCUCCUUCAGCAAGAUGGAAGCCCGGUCAUGUGCUCCACAUCAGUUAGUUUAUAAUGCUACUGUUGGCCUCUGCAGUGACCUGGAUGACGACUUUCACGGAUCAUGGAAUUCUAACAUCACAUGGUUUGGUUCCAUUGUUCGUCUCAAGUGUGAUGCUGGAUACAUGCUGAAUAGAAGUGGAACACUGCAGUGCAUAACAAAGAUGCCUUCAUACCUCCCUGUCUGGAACGGUUCUAUUCCAACAUGCGAAAUGAUUACAAAUACUUCUCACUCGAUGACUAGUGAAAAGGGUAAUGCAGCUAUAGCCAUUUCAUCCUCCAUGAUCGCUCUCUUCACCACUCUCCCCAUUUGCAUCAUAUGUGCUGCUGUCUGACUUUCAGUGACCACAUAUUGACUGGAUUGGAAUGAUACCUGAAGGAAAUGCAGGAAGAGAAAAAUCCCAAAACAACGUGCGGGUCCCUCAACGACGUCAACCGGGGAAUCCGACCUGACCAACCGUACCAGAGCUCUCCCACAACCUCCCAUUGACGAAUCCCAACAUGUUACCCGAUCGCCUCAUAACCUCAACAACUCCCCCACAUAUCAUCCCUCACUUGAAUUAACUGCUUUACAGCGCGGGAACAAUAAUUACGCACCAGGUAAUCCGUAUCACUACGCAAUCAGUAUGACUCAUACACAUCAAUCAACUCCAAACAUGGAUAAUCCUGUGAAUACUUAUGAACUUGGAGAGAGCAUAGAUCGAAACACAAACGGUUCCGAGCACAUGACGGAGAUGAUCCCCAUGUUCAAUCGUCCAUUACCACAUAGGCCGAUAUCGGUUGGUGUUCGCGAAGGCCCAUCCCUACCUCCUCGAGAAAGACGUGGAAUUCCCUCUUCUACUCUCUCUCCAAACUUGACACAAAAUGCACGUUCAGACAAUUCACACCUUGGGGCAUGUUCCCUGACCUACAACCCGCUAACAAACGGGGAACAAGGUGAGACAGUCGACCGAAUGCCACAAAAGUGUGCUAUUACUAAAGAGUUUGUCGUAAUAAACCCCUUUAAAGGUACAACCUCUAAUGAAAAUGCACACCAUGGAUAUUAUUCUGCAGAUGACUUGGAACACGACGACGUACAUAACGGGAGCAAUUUUCCAAUGUCACCGUCUAAAUUAAACCCUUUUUACCAUUGUCUAGAGGAUGACGAUCAACAGAUGUGUAGCAAUCAUUGUGAUACAGAUGUUUUGAUUAAUAAUGAAGGCAAUGCUCACGAUGACAACCUGGCUGAUGUGAUGGUUGAUAAUGUGCUUUACAACCCAAUGGACUUCUAAUUUGUUCUUACUUCACGACAUGACUGGGAUGAUUGCCUAGAAGAGAACAAUUAUUUCAGGAACUAAUCCCAAAUGACGAGCUCGACCUACAAGCACGUGGAGUAUAAUUUGUAUAUGGGAAAGUACGUUCAUGCUUCAAUUAAUUUAUUAUAGCAUGCGGAUAUUUCGAAAUGCUCGAUAUUAUUCGUUUAAAUUACUGCAUAUGUACGUACGUACAUUUUUCAAUGUAAUUUUGUUUUCCUUAUCCUACCUGGACUCUUCAAUUUAUGACAAACCAUGUGUUAAUGUUCUCGCAAAUUUACAUGUGUAAUUAUAUAUGUUAUAAGUUUGAUAACAGAGUUCAAAUAUUUGAUGUGUAGUUUUUGAUAUUUACAACAAUUCUAUUUCGAAUAAGUAGGUUUUUAGCCAUCAUGUUUUAUUUUUUUCUUCAAUGUUAUUGAUUCUGUUAUAUAAUGUACAUAAACAAAAAAUUAGUUUGUAAAUAACGGUUAAAAUCUUAAUUUUAUAAAUAAUCCAGUCAAAGAUUAUUAAAAUUUGAAUUCAUUAUUCUUGCAUGUACAUUGUAUUAAACACGAGGAAUAUCCAAGAAGAUAUACUAACAAUUAAGGAUCGGGAGCCUGUACAACAGUGGUAGUAUUGUGAUAUAAUCAACAUUUACAUUACCACUUGCGUGUAUUAAGACGUCAUGACAUAUGAAAUAACUUAUUUAUGCAGGACAACUGAAAGUUAUUAAUGUUAAAAUAUAUCUACACUGAAAUAACAAAAACAAAUUGUAAGCGUGUUUAAAUUGUAGACAGGUGACAUUUUUCAGACAAAUUAUUCUACAUACAUGUAGUUCUAAGGGAUUGAACUUAAUAUUAGUUCCUAUAAGGCCAUGUACAGUGUUAGGUGAUUAAUCAGCGAUAUUCCGAAUAUAACAUCAGUGGCAUAUGCAGCAUGUAAUGGGGAAUGUGUAACCCCUUUCCAAUAUAGUUCCUAACCCCUUUCGAAGUCACCGCUCUCCCCCCCCCCC